GCCCGCCCCCUCCCUCGCCUCUUCCUGCCGGGCGGUCCUCUUUUCCCCCUACUUCUCCACUCCCUCCGCCUUGCUCCCUCCGCCCUCCCUGGGCUCUGGCGGCUGCGGAGUGAACGGGACGGGCCCGGCCGCUGAGCGCGGGGCGGUGGGUGGGACGCGGGCGCCCGGCAGAGUUGUUCCGGCCCUGUCCGCGGAGACGUGAGGAGUUUUGACCAGGUGGAUGUGAAAAGAGAAGCUUGUAGAAUUGAAAUGGAGGUCAGAGCUUCAUUACAGAAGGUUAGUGGGUCAUCGGAUUCUGUGGCUACGCUGAACAGUGAAGAAUUUGUUUUGGUUCCUCAGCAUGCAGAUGAUACUUCUACAAAAGACGAUGAAAAACCUGAACUGAAGAUAGUUUCUAAUGGUGAUGAACAAUUGGAAAAAGCCAUGGAAGAGAUUUUGAGAGAUUCUGAGAAAGGGCAAAGUAGUCUUCUUGUUGAUUGUCAAAGUUCCACUGAGAUUUCAGACCAUUCAUUUGGAGAUGUUUCAGCCAGCCAAACAAAUAAGCCAUCUCUUCAGUUAAUUUUGGAUCCAUCAAAUACAGAAAUUUCUACACCCAGACCAUCUUCUCCAAGUGGAUUACCUGAAGAAGAUAGUGUUUUAUUUAACAAACUGACCUACUUAGGAUGUAUGAAGGUUUCUUCCCCACGUAAUGAAGUAGAGGCUUUACGGGCAAUGGCAACUAUGAAAUCUUCCAGUCAGCACCCCUUUCCUGUUACUCUGUAUGUGCCAAAUGUUCCGGAAGGUUCUGUGAGAAUUAUAGACCAGUCCAACAAUGUGGAGUUAGCUUCUUUUCCGAUCUAUAAGGUGUUAUUCUGUGCACGUGGACAUGAUGGGACAACAGAGAGCAAUUGCUUUGCAUUUACAGAGAGUUCCCAUGGUUCAGAAGAAUUUCAGAUACAUGUUUUCUCCUGUGAAAUUAAAGAGGCUGUAAGCAGAAUUUUAUAUAGUUUCUGUACAGCAUUCAAACGUUCUUCCAGACAAGUGUCUGAUGUGAAAGACUCAGUUAUUCCUACCCCUGACAGUGAUGUGUUUACCUUCAGUGUCUCCUUGGAGGUAAAAGAAGAUGAUGGAAAAGGAAACUUUAGCCCUGUGCCUAAGGAUAGAGACAAAUUUUAUUUCAAAUUAAAACAAGGAAUAGAGAAGAAGGUUGUAAUUACAGUGCAGCAACUUUCUAACAAAGAAUUAGCUAUUGAAAGAUGUUUUGGAAUGUUAUUAAGCCCAGGUCGAAACGUGAAGAACAGUGACAUGCAUUUACUGGAUAUGGAAUCCAUGGGAAAGAGCUAUGAUGGGAGGGCUUAUGUUAUUACUGGCAUGUGGAACCCCAAUGUACCAAUAUUUCUGGCACUUAAUGAAGAAACCCCAAAAGAUAAACGAGUGUACAUGACUGUGGCAGUGGAUAUGGUCGUCACAGAGGUGGUGGAGCCUGUGCGCUUUCUUCUGGAGACGGUUGUCCGCGUGUACCCUGCGAACGAGCGAUUCUGGUAUUUCAGCAGGAAGACUUUCACAGAGACUUUCUUCAUGAGGUUGAAACAGUCUGAGGGAAAAGGGCACACCAAUGCUGGAGAUGCAAUAUAUGAGGUAGUAAGUCUACAGCGACAGUCUGAGAAGGAAGAACCAGUCACUCCCACUAGUGGAGGGGGUCCAGUGUCUCCACAGGAGGAUGAAGCAGAAGAGGAGAGUGAUAAUGAACUCUCAAGUGGAACAGGUGAUGUGUCUAAGGAUUGUCCUGAGAAGAUCCUGUAUUCUUGGGGAGAAUUGCUAGGAAGAUGGCACAAUAACCUUGGUGCACGACCGAAGGGGCUGUCCACUCUGGUGAAGAGUGGCGUCCCUGAAGCACUGAGGGCAGAGGUGUGGCAGUUAUUAGCAGGCUGCCAUGACAACCAGGCAAUGCUGGAUAGAUACCGACUUCUUAUCACAAAGGACUCAGCCCAGGAGAGUGUUAUCACUCGAGAUAUUCAUCGUACAUUUCCUGCACAUGAUUACUUUAAAGACACUGGAGGAGAUGGCCAGGAAUCACUCUACAAGAUCUGCAAGGCCUACUCUGUCUACGACGAAGACAUCGGGUACUGUCAAGGACAGUCUUUUCUGGCUGCUGUAUUGCUGCUGCAUAUGCCAGAGGAACAAGCGUUCUGUGUUUUGGUGAAAAUCAUGUAUGACUAUGGUUUACGAGAUCUCUACAAAAACAAUUUUGAAGAUCUUCAUUGCAAGUUCUAUCAGUUGGAGAGACUAAUACAGGAGCAGUUACCGGACCUGCACCACCAUUUUUGUGUUCUGAAACUGGAAGUUCAUAUGUAUGCCUCCCAGUGGUUCCUCACUCUUUUUACAGCCAAGUUCCCACUCUGCAUGGUCUUCCACAUCAUCGACUUACUGCUUUGUGAGGGUCUGAAUAUAAUCUUUCAUGUAGCCUUGGCUCUCCUAAAGACCUCAAAGGAAGAUCUUCUGCAGGCUGAUUUUGAAGGUGCUUUAAAGUUUUUCAGAGUUCAGCUUCCAAAGAGAUACAGGGCAGAGGAAAAUGCCAGAAGAUUGAUGGAGCAGGCUUGCAAUAUUAAGGUACCAACCAAGAAACUGAAGAAAUAUGAGAAAGAAUAUCAGACAAUGCGAGAGAGUCAGCUGCAGCAGGAAGACCCAAUGGAUAGAUACAAGAGGGAGAACCGGAGGCUACAGGAGGCCAGCAUGAGGCUGGAACAGGAGAACGAUGACCUUGCACAUGAACUAGUAACCAGCAAGAUCGCUCUGCGAAAUGACUUGGAUCAGGCCGAAGACAAGGCAGACGUGUUGAAUAAGGAGCUCCUCUUGACCAAACAGAGGCUGGUGGAGACUGAAGAAGAGAAGAGGAAGCAAGAGGAAGAGACGGCCCAGCUAAAAGAAGUCUUCCGGAAGCAGCUGGAGAAGGCAGAGUACGAGAUAAAGAAGACCACAGCUAUCAUUGCUGAGUAUAAGCAGAUCUGUUCCCAGUUAAGUACCAGACUGGAGACACAGCAAGCAGCCAGCAAGGAGGAGCUGGAAGUGGUAAAGGGUAAAAUGAUGGCCUGUAAACACUGCAGCGACAUUUUCAGCAAAGAGGGUGCUCUGAAGCCCGUGGCUGUCAGCAGGGAGGAGCCGGGGGUGGACCUGGAUGAUGAGAAGGACUCCCUGAAGAAGCAGCUGAGGGAGAUGGAGCUGGAGUUGGCGCAGACCAAACUGCAGCUGGUGGAGGCCAAGUGCAAAAUCCAGGAACUUGAACAUCAGAGAGGAGCCCUUAUGAAUGAAAUCCAAGCUGCAAAAAACUCUUGGUUUAGCAAAACCCUGAACUCUAUCAAAACGGCCACGGGCACCCAGCCACUGCAGCCACCGCUGGCCACCCAGCCACCUAAGGAGAGCACAUAGUUCCAGCCUCACCCAAGCAGAAGAGCACAACGAUCAAAGGGACAGAAACCCAGGAGGAGUCUCCCGGUAUCCCUUUGCAGGAAAGUAGAGGAGGCCAGAAAGCAAGCCAGGAUUCUCAGUAGCUCUCACUCUUUCUCGUUUGACACUUUGCAAAGGGAUGUUAUUUAAACUGACCUGAGUUAUGUUGAAUACCUGCUUUUGAACUUCUUCAUGGAAGGCCGUGUUCAGUUCCAUCAUAGUAUUACCCAUUAUUUUAUAUGCCUGAUGUUUAGUUGGAAAUAAGUAAUUCAGAACUAAAUCCUUUUUAUUUAGAACUAAUUAUUCAUAAUUACUUUUAACUUACAUAAAAAUGGAGAUGUCUUUUAUUCCAAGGUUGAGGUGAUAGGAUGAUAUUAGUCACACAAAAAAAAAAAAAAAAAAAAAAAAAAAAGAAAGAAAAAAAGAAAAAAAAAGAUUGAAAUCUAAACCUCUUAUCUUUUCAGGAUUUAUUCAGAUAAAGCACACUGUGGGACCAUUCAUAACAACUGUCAGGUUUCUUCCUGAAAAUGACUCCCUGGAAAACGAUAAUCCUGUCCAAAGACUAAACCUGGGAUUGAACAGUCCCCCCAAAAAGAAUGAGUUUAUUUUCAUUUUCUGUUGGGUAUAUCUGGAAGUGAAGUGCCAAGAACCAUGGAAUAAGAUAGACUAUUGAGAAAACACCCUAGAGGAAAGGAACAGAGAUUUUGAUAAAUGCAGGAUAAGAUGAAUCAUUUGGCCCUAGUAUUCUAACAGGUCCUUUUGAGAAACUCUACACGGGAAUUGCCGAUUCCUACGUGUGAACACAGUUGUGACUUCCAGCAAACGUGAAGUCAGAGUGGCUAUUGCGAGUUGUAGCUUUAGGGAACCGUUACUGGAGAAGCCUAGAAAGGCCCAAGUUCAGCCAUUGUGCUUCAAAUGAAAUAGAGAACCAGGGACAGAGUAUUUCAUUUAAUGUUUUCAUAUAUUUGCUAAGUAAACACUAAUAUACUCUACCUUUUUAAAGUUAUGAAAUGGGAAAUAAAGGUCAGCUUCACAUCAUCUUAGUUUACUGUUAGACAGCUUUUACUGAUUUCUGCAUCUCCCUAAAAAUGUGCCCUUGGUACCCCAGAUGAAGAGAUGCAAAUGAAUUGGUGCAAAUGAAGAGGUGCAAAAUGAAUUGGAGAUGCAAAUGAAUCAAAAUAUUUUGAUUGAAUAUAAAAUCUUUAUAGAAAUACAUAUCUCAUGGAAAGGUAAAGCUAUUGUUUAAAAGUUGGUGGAAAUAGUUUUUUUCAAUUAUAUUUAACAUGCCUAUAUAUAUAUAUAUAUAUAUAGUCCUUGCAGGAAAUCCUUUGGUAACAGCAAAACGAAUUUUCCCAUUUUCUAAGCUAGUUUGGAGGCUCUGGUCCUUACGCCAACCAAACUACCAUCAGCUAUGUACAAUAACAUUUAUUGAUACUCAUCCUUCGCUUCAUUGUUGAACAUAAUUCUUUGCAAAGGAUCUUAAACUCUGUAGCCAGAGUGAUUCUCAUCCGUGCCAUAUGUUGCAAUUAAAAGUUACACAUUCUUGGAAGUAAAAAUUAAAUAGGAGCCAUCUCAACUCCAGGAUCAUGCAGUAUAAGUUGCUCACAGUAGAUCCUUUCCUCCAAAAUGAUCAUUAAACUCUAAAAAGUUAAGUUGCCUUCAUUGGUAAGUGUUUAUUUUAUCAUCUACACCCAUAAAACUGAAUGGAUGUUAUCCUUUGUUACACUCAUCAAAUAAUACUUUUCUUACAGAAUUGUGUUUUGUCCUGUCGUCUUUCAUUAUAAUAUUCACUUCCUGAUACCAAAAAGGAAAAUAAUCCAGCAUUCUGAGUGUCUGUGUUGACUCUGAUAUUCCCUACUUGGUGAUUUAGAAAAGGUAAUCUCUUUUUUUGUUGUCGUAAAAUAUAAUGGCUAGAAAAUUGCAUCUUGGUACUUGUUUCUGUAAAUCAUUUAGUAUAAUUUUUUAGCUUUGCUGGUACUUUAUGCUUUGAUUCCAAGAAACCUUGUACAAGUUGCCUUAUCAAAUGGCCAGCUAAAUUAAAGAUGUUCUUUUGUGUUUUGUGAAUCUCAUAGUUUUACUGUACAGAGCUCUUUUUAACUUCCAAAAGUCAGCACAUUCCACAGAAUGCCUAAGUUGCAUAAUUUUCCUUACGUGGUAGUUGAGGGAGAAAUAGAAUGGCUGUAAGUCCAGUCCUCACGUGUACACCUGGCUCAGUUCCAGAGCCCCUUACAUUUAUUUUUCUUUAAACAAAAUCACCAGGUACAUACAUUCCAAAUGUGUAAUCUGUCUUUUGCAUUUUCUCUUAACUCUUUCAAAAUAUUUUAAUGGCAAUCUGUAGAUUUUUUUCUUCUCCAGUUCCAUAUCGUAUGUGUACUGGUACCGUGAGUCUAAACUGUUCCUCACUGCAAUGCCUUUGGGUCAGUAGCAAUACUAGAUAGAAAGAAAAUUCAAAAUUUGAUGCAUAAUAGGAUUUUUCCUUCAAUAUAAUAGCACCACCCCAAGCCAUAUGUCUUUCUCCGUGUAUUGUCUGAAAACUAGAGCCUUCCCCAUAUUAAGUAACUAUUAGUUUUAAUUUCACUUAUUUUGAAAUAUAUUUGAAAAUUGCUACUCUGCUCUUGAAUUUCUUUUAGAAAGACAUCAAUCAGCCCAGACAUCUAGGAAAUUUCCAAAUAUUCUAGAUUGUUUUUCAUCUUUUCCUAGGAUAUGUUGUAUAAUACAUUUUUCCAUAAAUCCAACACUUGCAGCAUUCUGAAGAGUGAUGAUUUCUCUUUUCAUUAAAUUCUACAGGAUAAAUGAAAGGAAUGAACUUCAAUUUGAUAAUUCAGUUCAUUAGCUUUUAUAUCUUGAGACUCUUGUUUAACACAUUCUUUGAAGCUGAAAAAAACCCAGCUGAAUUUUGCAGUACAUAUGUUUGCUGGCUUCCCACCCUGAGCCAUGGCACAAUUUGGUUAUAUUCAGUUACAUAUAAUUUAAUGCAAAGAAAUUCUCAGUUACCUAAUGUUCUGUGUAUGAGUGCCUAUCAAAACGCUGAUAGGAAUAUCAUAUAGGCCUCUGGCCUCUCUUUCCAAACAACCACUCUCUUUCUUUCCCUCUCCCAGCUAUUCAGUUCGUAAUUUCUUCGUUGGCUUUCUUAAAUUCUAAAGUAAAGUACAAAAGCAGUCUUUGUACUGAUGUUGAGAAUAGUUAAUAAUAAUAUUUAUCUUGUUUCUUUUUUUUCCAAAAAUUUCAUUCUUCUGUACCGUUUGUUAAUAUUUAUUCUUCUCAAACCCCUACUCCAUUUUCUUAAACUAUUUUUCAGUUAAUAACUAGUGGCUUUAUUUCCCAGCGAAAGUGAGAAAAACAAGUGCAGGCACAGUUCAGGGCAUGAGAUGAGAGAUCCUGAAAGGAGCUGCUCAGUUACUGAGGACGAGGCCCGCACGAGGAACUAAUGUCAGGGAUAAGUUUUCUUUAGCUGAAAUCAACCCACUAACGAUUCUAAGGUAGUUGUCUGAUUUCAGGAUCCCUUGAAGGGAAAAGGGAGCUUUAAAAAAAUUAGAUACCUUGUUUGUUUUCUCUCUCUGGGAAAGAAUGCUUUUUACUUACUUAGCAAGAGGAUUCUGUUAUAGAACUUACUCUUUAAAAAAAAUCCCAACUCUUAAGAUAGCUGAUUUUCUUGCUUCAGUUACAAGUAAAUGAGAGAAAGGAUAAACGCUGUGGUUUGAUUUGAACGCUGUCCUACUUAUGUAUGUGCAUGACUGGUAGAAUUUUUCAUAGAGGAUCCCUGCCUCCUGUACAGCCAGGCGCCACGCCACUGAAUACACACACAGCCAAACGAGAGUUCAGUGGCCUGUGUUUCCUACUCCCAGAUACAAAACUGUCUUUCCCUCUGGUUGCCCUGCUGAUGCCACACGGAACUAGAACAGCCUUCCUCUCUUCUAGCAACUUCCAUGUAACACAGGCAAAGCCCUUCAUUUUAGGAAUUUCCUUCUCUCUCAAAAGUUACCAAAAUGAGUGCUUCCACGUGGGCCACACCUCAGCAGACGAGGCUCAUGAGUUGUAACGAGAAGGGCAGAUGUUUACAAGUGGCUGAGUGACUCCAGUCAGGUGUCCCCUUCCCGGCUUCCAUCUGAAAGACUACAUGUCAAGCGUAUCUCUGAAUGAAUUUGUUACCUGUUAUAAAAACAUCUUCAUCAACAUGUCCCAUUCUCCCCACCUCCAUCCUUAGUUUUUCAUUAGUAGUAUUCUGAAAACUUUAAGAAAAGAGAAUCAUUAAGUAGAAAAUAAACAUUUUAAGUUACUUUCCUUUUUCAUUGGCAAUAAGUUACUAUGUAAAAUCUUUGCCGUUAAAAUGUAAUUUUAAUAACUAUAUAUUAUAUAUGGAAUAAAAUAUAGGCAACUUAAUUAUAAGUAUAUAAAUGCAUCAAGACUGGUGUCAUGAAAGCACAAGAAUAAAGCUGGAGAUGGUCCCAGAAUCCAAGAUGACCCAAUAUAGCCUUUUUCAGCAAUUUCUCCAUUUUUGGUAUUUUGCAUAAUGUAUGGAUCUUCAGUUCAAGUGAAGGAAGAAGUUUCUCAAUCAGCAUCACUUCCCUUCUUUCAACUCCUGCCUUUCCCUUGCUGAGGAGGUAGUAGAAAUUCUGUACCAUUUAUUUUUGUGAAUUCUAUGAUUUUUGUCCGUGACUUCUCUAAAGAAAACAGGCUCUAGAAUAAAGGAGUUGAUUGGCCCAAACAGUGCUGACUACAAAAGAAACAUGAGUGAGCAGCCUCUGUAAACACUGACCAAUUAGAUGUUUCCAUAAUUCCAUGUAUUAUGUAUAGUACAUGCUAUCAGUGUAAAUGUAAUGCUUGUUAUGAAAAGUGCAAUUUAUUGUACAUUGUCCCAACAAAUGUUUACUUUUAUAACAGUUAUGAACUUGGAUUAGUAUCUUGUUUUCAUGUGUGAAUGAAGCCUUGUGAAAUAAACAAAUUCAACCAAGAA